CACAACACACAAAGCAUCCAUCGACCAAAAAGACAACACCGUCUAGAACAAGAGGAUUAAUUAGCUAAGCCAGUCAUUCACCAUGGCACAUGCUAGGAACAACACGCAAUUUCUGUGCUUGGCCGUAGCUCUUCUAGUCACGUUGGCCUCCUUGACCUGCAACGCCAAGGACACAGAUCCUAACACAUACAGUGAAUCUGUGUCGAAAUGCAAGAGACCGAUGGAUGAUUAUGGCAUGCGCAACUGCAACGAAGUAUAUUGUGCAAGGAACAACACGGAAACUAACAUAUACUGUCAAUCUAUGUGGGAAUGCAACAGACCAGUUCAUGAUUAUGACCAGCACAAGUGCCGAAACUUCUGCGUAAGCAUGGGCUACGACUACCUCAGGAGCUAUUGUGAGCACCACCCCUACCCGUACUGCUGUUGCCAUAAGUAAUCUCAAUUCGAUGACUUUGGGUGAUAUCUGGAUGAUGAUGCUUGUCAUGUGCUACAUACAAAAGCUGUAGCUGUUUGUGUGUGUGUGUGUGUUCAUCUCAUCCCAUUGUAAUAACCAAAGCAGUUCAUCAUGACUGUUCAUGGAAUAAGAAUGAUUUCCCCGCAAAAAAGAAAGAAUAAUUAUGAGUAGUUUCUGUCACACCCACCGUGACUCAGUGCAGAACUUGAAAGAAGAAGAAAGCACGAGAAGUAGCCUGGGCUUGCUGGGCCGUGGACGACGGGAU